CCCACGUGCUGGAGUUCCCUUAGGUGUACCCAUGUGAAGUUAAAGCUAAGCUAAGGCGCUUAAGGAUGCGCUUCGGAGAAAGUGUGUAAUUGUGCAUUGAUUUUAAAAAGAGAAGAAGAAAAAUGCAUUUUUCCAAGGAGACGCCAUGGAGGAGGUUGGAGGGCAUGUCGUUUGGCUUGUACUCCUCCACGGAAAUAAGGAAGUUGAGUGUCAAAAGUGUCACCAAUCCUCUGCUCCUGGACAAUGUUGGUAACCCCGCACCUAACGGACUCUACGAUCUGUCACUGGGUCCAGCUGACCUUAAAGAAAUCUGCACCACCUGCAUGCAGAACUUCAACAACUGCCCAGGACACUUUGGCCAUGUUGACUUGCACCUGCCUGUCUACAACCCUUUUUUAUUUGAUAAAUUGUACAUGCUUGUAAGAGGUUCCUGCUUGUCCUGCCACAUGCUGACGUGUCCUAGAGCUGCCAUUCACCUGCUUCUCAACCAACUCAAAUUAUUAGAUGUAGGCGCAAUGAAAGAAGUCUACGAACUCCCAAUCGUCCUUAAUCAGUUGUUGGAAAGUAAUCCACAAGCAUCUGGGGCAGAAAUCCAAGAAGCGUUGGAGGAAUACAGUGGUCCUGUUAUAAAAGCCAACCACAGCAUUCAUUGUGCACCUAUCAAGCAUAUUUGUGAGAUGAAAGGCAGCCUCAUUACUGAAUUUUGGAGAGCUCAAAUGACAUCUAGAAAAUGCCCCAACUGCAGUGCAAGCAAGUCACAGAUACGUCGCGAGCACAACAGCAAACUGAUCAUCACUCAUUCAGGUGUCAAAGACGACGGCAAAACGGACAAAGAUGAUGCCCAUGUGGCAAAACGUGGAUAUCUUACUCCAAGCUUAGCUCGAGAUCAUAUCAUCAAAGUGUGGGAAAAAGAGGGUUUCUUUCUGAAACACUUGUUCUCUGGCCUGGCUGAGAACGGUUUCAGCCCAGAUAUGUUCUUCCUGGAAUUGCUAAUGGUUCCUCCAUCCAGGUACCGGCCUGUCAGUCGGCUUGGAGAUCAGAUGUUUACCAACGGCCAGACGGUGAACAUGCAGGCGGUGAUAAAGGACAACAUAAUCAUUCAGAAACUGCUUGCCCUCAUUGCAACUGAGAAAGAAAAGACAAUAGAGUGCACUCAGACAGAGAUAGAGGAGCCCAGUGAGACAAAAGAAGAAAGCAAGAUCGACCAGACGUUUUUAACCGGGCUGCCUGGACUCACCCUUACAGACAAACUGUAUAACAUCUGGAUACGCCUGCAGACUCACGUUAACAUCGUGUUCGACAGCGAUAUGGACAAGCUGAUGACCGAAAAGUUCCCCGGAAUCCGCCAGAUUUUGGAGAAGAAGGAGGGUCUGUUCAGGAAGCAUAUGAUGGGAAAGCGAGUGGACUUCGCUGCCCGAUCUGUCAUCUGUCCAGACAUGUACAUAGGAACCAAUGAGAUUGGAAUACCCAUGGUGUUUGCUACUAAGUUGACAUACCCACAGCCAGUGACUCCUUGGAAUGUGAAGCAGCUGCGGCAGGCUGUACUUAAUGGGCCUGAUGUGCAUCCAGGAGCUUCUAUGGUUAUCAACGAGGAUGGUUCACGGACCAUUCUCAGCCAUACCAACCCCACCCAGAGAGAGGCUAUUGCUAAGCAGCUGCUUACACCCAGCACCGGCCAGCACCGCAUACCCAUGAAGAUCGUUAAUCGGCACAUCAAAAAUGGCGAUGUGCUCCUGCUCAAUCGCCAGCCGACCCUACACAGACCAUCUAUCCAGGCUCAUUGUGCACGCAUCCUUCCUGGAGAGAAGGUUCUACGGCUGCAUUAUGCCAACUGCAAGGCCUACAAUGCCGAUUUCGAUGGUGAUGAGAUGAACGCCCAUUUCCCACAGAGUGAGCUGGGUAGGGCCGAGGCGUACACACUAGUCAGCACAGAUCAGCAGUACCUGGUACCUAAGGAUGGAACGCCGCUGGCUGGUCUAAUUCAGGACCACAUGGUGUCAGGGACCAGCAUGACCAUCCGUGAUUGCUUUUUUCAGCAAGAUCAGUACAUGGAGCUGGUCUAUAGAGGUCUAACUGAUAAAAGAGGCAGGGUCAAGCUGCUUCCUCCAGCUCUCAUCAAACCCCAAAAACUUUGGACUGGCAAACAGCUUGUGUCCACACUCCUGUUGAAUGUCAUCCCGGAGAACCACAUCCCCCUGAACCUGACAGGAAAGGCCAAGAUUCCCAGUAAGGCCUGGGUGAAGGAACCUCCUCGAUCUGUGCCAGGCUAUCAUCCAGACUCCAUGUGUGACUCUCAGGUGGUCAUUCGUAAUGGUGAGCUGCUAGUGGGUGUGCUGGAUAAAGCACACUAUGGGAGCUCUGCAUAUGGCCUGGUCCAUUGUUGCUAUGAGCUGUAUGGAGGAGAGACUAGUGGAAAGCUUCUAAGCUGCCUGGCUCGCCUUUUUACCGCCUACCUGCAGCUUUAUCGUGGCUUUACCAUGGGUGUAGAAGACAUUUUGGUAAAACCAGGAGCCAAUAAGCGAAGAAAGAAGCUCAUUAAAGAAUCGGUUAAUUGUGGGGUCAAGGCACUCGGAACAGCCUUUAAUAUACCUUCAGCUGCUGCCGAAAAUGAAGGCCGAGACCUCUGGCAAAAUGCCCAUCUGAACACCGAUCAGCGAGACUUCAACAUGGUCGACCUCAAAUUCAAAGAAGAGGUCAAUCAAGUCAACAACAACAUCAACAAGGUGUGCAUGCCAUUGGGUCUGCACCGUUCAUUUCCUGAAAACAACCUUCAGCUGAUGGUACAGUCUGGAGCCAAAGGUUCUACUGUCAAUACAAUGCAGAUCUCAUGUCUGCUGGGUCAGAUUGAGUUAGAGGGCCGCCGUCCUCCCCUGAUGCCUUCUGGGAAAUCGUUGCCUUGCUUCCAGCCUUAUGAGCCACAGCCUCGCUCUGGUGGCUUUGUGACUGGGAGGUUUUUGACCGGAAUAAAACCUCCUGAGUUUUUUUUCCACUGUAUGGCCGGUCGUGAAGGUCUGGUGGACACGGCUGUGAAGACCAGUCGUUCCGGCUAUCUGCAAAGGUGUGUGAUAAAGCACCUUGAGGGACUGGUGGUUCAGUAUGAUCUAACUGUGAGGGACAGUGAUGGAAGUGUGGUGCAGUUCCUUUACGGAGAGGACGGCCUGGACAUUCCCAAAACUCAGUUCUUGCAGUCUCGGCAAUUCCCAUUUAUCAAAGACAACUUUGAGGUUAUCAGAAAAUCUCAGUGCUUGGAUGAAGUGCUGGCUAAACUGGACCCGCAGGCGGCACACAGUCACUUUAAGGCCAUUAAGAAGUGGAAGGCUAAACACGCGCAUUCGUCUCCUAGAGAUGGCGCUUUCCUGUACUUCUCUCAGAAGAAACUGGGAAAGAUUAAGUCUCGGGCUGAAGGCCAGUCGGGAGAGUUCGUCAACGGAAGAGACAAUACUAUAGCGCAAUUGAUUGAGAAUUGGAACUCUAUGGAUGAAUCCAGCCGUUUCAGAUAUCUGAAGAAGACAACCCACUGCCCAGAUCCGUGUCUCGCUGUGUACCGGCCUGACAUCUGUUUCGGUUCCGUGUCGGAGACGUUUGAAUCCAUUAUCGAGUCCUACCUCAGCCAGUUCAAUAUCAAGCAGGAAUAUCGCACUUCAUCAGAAUCAGUUGAUGCUGAGAGAUUAAGACAUUUGCUACAUCUGAAGUGGCAGAGAGCGUUGUGUGACCCGGGAGAGGCUGUGGGACUGCUGGCGGCUCAGAGUAUCGGUGAACCCUCCACUCAGAUGACCCUCAACACCUUUCAUUUUGCAGGCAGAGGAGAGAUGAAUGUUACUCUGGGUAUUCCCAGGUUGCGUGAAAUUCUUAUGAUUGCUAGCUCCAAAAUCAAGACCCCCAUGAUGAGCAUUCCUGUUUUAAACAAAAAGAAAGCUUUGAAACGAGUGAAGACCCUGCAGAAGAAGCUCACACGUGUCUGUUUAUCAGAGGUGUUGCACAAAGUGGAUGUGGUGGAGACACUUCGCAUUGAAGGUAAAAAAGGCCACAAGAAGCGAAUCUUCACGGUCACGUUCCACUUCCUUCCUCCAGAGCAUUACCAGCAGGAUAAAUUGCUGUUGCCCCAGCAGAUCCUCCACUUCAUGGAAGACAGAUUCUUCUUUUUAAUGCUUGACGCCAUCAAGAAACUGAGCGCUAAGCUGGCCUCUAUAAAUUCAGUGGACUCGCGCAAGGCCACAUCAAAUGACAAGGAUAAAGAUGCAGAGGACUUCACUAACGGCGCAGACGAUGGAGAUGAGGAAGGGGAGGGCGGCAGAAUAAUGGAUGAUGAUGAAAACGAAGGGGAUGCAGAUGCCACUGAUGCCAAGAGGAAGCAGAAGCAAGAGGAGGAGGUUGACUAUGAGAGUGAGGAGGGGGAGAACAAUGAGGAUGAAGACCAAGAUGAGGGGACGGAGCAACCAGAGGAGAUGGCGUCAGGGGAACCAUCUGAGGAGGAGCAUGGCAACGGUCAACCCUCCAUCCAAGAAAAUGUGCUUGGAGUCACACUGGAGUCAAUGCGAGUAAACAAAGUGUUGCAGCUAAGCUCCAGCAUUGAGGACUACAAAUAUGAUCAGGAAAACGGCCUGUGGUGUGAGGUCACACUGGUGCUCCCGGUUAGCAAAGUGCACUUUGACCUGACUUCUCUGGUGGUUGCCCAAGCUCAGAAUGCGGUAAUAAUGGAAACGAAAGGUAUUACACGUUGUUUAUUGAACGAGGUGACUACUAAGCAGGGUGCUAAGGAACUGGUUCUGAACACUGAGGGCAUCAACAUGCAGGAGAUGUUCAAACACGGCGAUGUUCUUGAUCUUAAUCGUUUGUAUUCAAAUGAGAUCCAUGCCAUGGCCAACACGUACGGUAUAGAAGUGGCUCUGAGAGUCAUUGAGAAGGAGAUUAAAGACGUGUUUGCUGUUUAUGGUAUUGAAGUAGACCCACGGCAUCUCUCUCUAGUGGCUGAUUACAUGUGCUUCGAAGGCGUGUACAAACCGCUCAACCGCUUCGGCAUGCAAUCGAACAGCUCUCCGUUGCAACAGAUGACUUUUGAGACCAGCUAUAAGUUUUUGAAACAAGCUGCUAUGUUGGGGCUGUACGAUAAGUUAAAUUCACCCUCAGCUUGCUUAGUUGUGGGAAAACUUGUGAAAGGAGGAACUGGACUAUUUGACCUGAAGCAGCCUCUACAGUGACCCCUGAAUGGUGACCAGAGCUACAAACUGUUCAGCUUUAGUCAGGAGAAUAAAAAUCAAUGUUUAACUGUGGCCAAUAUUGUUCAGCAUAUUAAAUAUUUUUAUUUAAACCUA